GAAACAUUUGGCUGAGCGGGAAGUAGCGUGGAAUUGUGGGAGUUGUAGUCUUCACCUUCACUGUGGUCGUUGCAGUCAGCUUCUCCUGUUCAUCCUGGGGGAUCCUGGGACAUUCCAAGGCCAGAUGAUAAUCUGUCCAGCGUCUUCUUGGUCCUUAUGACAUGCAGGUGCAAGCUUCCCCUCAAAAUGGUAGAGGGGUUUGUGUGCCUCUGUGAUCCUGGAAGCUGACUUGUUGGGAGCAUUGGCCCCUGGAAAAGUUGUUCCAGGGAAGAGGCCAGACUAAGAGCGACUCAUAGCCUUUGGAACUGUGUCACCUCGCCACAGCACUGUCCUGGAGCCGAACCUGGGAGGGGAGCUAACUGAAUAUUCGAAGCGAGUGUACCAAGGCGUCAGAGUCAAGCAUACAGUCAAAGACCUGCUGGCAGAGAAGAGAUCCCGACAGACAAAUGGGCCCAGAUACAGUGGGGGAUCCACCACUCCGCCUUCAUUUGUCCAGAUGCCAGGGUCUCACAUGUUGCCCAGCUACUACGGCGUGAGGCGUCCCUUCAUCUCCGACUCCGACUACUGUCCAUCCACCAAGCAGUUCUCCCCUGACGUCUACUCCUCCAGCUUCGGGGGUAAACCUCUGGGCUGCGACCCGUCCACGAUGACCGGCUACUCCUCCCUUAUUGACAGCUACUACCCAGAGGCCUUUGGCGCCGCCGCCUUCUCCAGCUCUGGGGGAUCCUUCCUGCCCUCGUCGGCCCUCUCGUCCCUGCUGCCUCCCUUCAAUGGAGAGUCCUCGCAUCUAUUUCUGAGAGACUCAUGGGAGCAGUCGGUUCCAGAGCCAGUAUCCCAGGUGGAGGCUCUAUGUCCUGACGGCCUGGCCUCCGUCAGCAUCCCGCCCUCCAUGCCCAGUCCAGAGCCCCCGGGUAGCCCCUCCCAGUACCGGUCCACCAGCCGAGGCUCCUCCAUGUGCUCCGUCCCAGGCAGCCAGCCCUACACCCUGCACUCUCUGGAGGAAGCCCACUACCACUCUUUAACCAGCAGCUCCUAUACCAGCCCCUCCUCCUCCUUCGCCUGCCCUCCAUAUAUGAGCAGCCCUGCCAGCGAUCUGGUGUCCAAGAUGGUUACGGAGGAGGCCAACGGCCAAGGCAGCCUCCCAAACAAUGUUGAGGCUCAAGCCUCCUGGGCAAAAGAGGAUGGGGUGAGCCCCUGGUCGCCCUUUGAGAUCAGGAGGGCCUUCUGACUGGAUGACAGGCUACUGGUUCAGAAUAUAGAGGAAGGUGGAAGUUUCACAGACAGUUGAACAGACAUUACAGAGACAAUUCUGGGACGUGUUUUGUAAAUAGGACAAUUUCUUUGCAUCCAUAGCAUCAAGGUGUCCAUAUGUCCAUAUUACAGCCUGAUGUGAUGGCAACGUUCCUAUUUAUUUGUCAUUUUUGUUUGAUUCAUAUGAUAAAGAGUGGAGGAAUAACUUGUGAUAAGCCAUAAAAUGAAAAAUUACAAACCAUUAGCGGUGUAAACUGGAUGAAAUAGGAUUAUCACUUUUAUGAUGUAUGACACUAGGGUUUGUGUUUGUUUUAAAAAGCCAUGUUACAUGUUUAAACUCGUUUAAGACGUACACGGUUUCUCUGCCAAAGGGGGAACUUCUGCAGUGGGUAUGGGGAAAUGUUGUGGAGUUGCUCAGCUAAUUUGAAAAAAUAUAUAAACAAUUUAGUAAAAUGUACAGUAUACCUGUAAUGUAUUUGUGUUUAGGUGAAAAUACAAGUUGGAUUUCAGAUUGGUGUGAGGCUCAUCUUUAUACUCCAAACUGCCGCUGCAGCACCAUGAGCACCAGACACCACCCUGAGUCAAUAUUUUCACGGCACAAACUGUUAGUGGGAAUUUCUGAAAAGUGAGCUGAUGGAUAAAUGGUUAAAAUGACCAGUAUCAGAAAAAACACACACUUGGGAAUCAGUGGUUUAGCAUGCAGGUCCCUGUUCAAGAUGAUCAUGGCCCUUUUUAAAAAAGAGAUUGGUAGAUUUACAAUAAUACAGAACUCCAUUUGUUUAGCCUAUAUAAUUUAGGUGGAGAACUAAAACUAUUAAAAGCCUGAGAGUUUGAUGAUCUGUUUUAUUAACACAAGAUGCCUGGUUAUGGAGUGACCAAAGUGUAAUUAUUCUGAUUUCUUUAACACUUUAACCCUGUCUAUAUAGCGUUCAAAGAGUGAGUUAUGCUGUAUCACUUACAUGAGCUAUUUGUAUGUUCAAAUGUCAAUGAAUCACUCAAAAAUACUUUUAUGAAUAUAAAAUAAGAUAUGCAUAGAAUCUGCAGAAAACUACAGUUUUAAUGUGUGUAAUAAAGCAUUAAAGACAUUUUUGGAAAUGUUCUUAGUAUCCUGAUAGAGGGUAAAUAUUUUUGGGGACAAAUUUCUAAUUUGACUAUAUUCACAUAUUCACUCAAUUUAAGAUGUGUUACAAAACAUUUAUUAUGUACACGUGUACAGAUUAUUCACAGGCCAGUUUUUACUAUGUAUGUGUGAAACUACAGAUGACAUGAUUAGAUAAAUCAAAUGAUAUCAAACAUCCA